AUGAGUGUGCGCACCUCUUUGCACAUCGAUGGAAUGACGUGCUCGGCGUGCACGGCUGCGGUCGAGGACUGCCUACGGCAGAUAGACGGCGUCGAGGCCGUCCAGGUGGCCCUAAUUACGGAGGAGGCUCUGGUCGAGCACUCACACACCGUCCAGACGUCGGCUCUCCAGCACGCCGUCGAGGAUAUAGGCUUCGGAGCGAGCGUGAUAGCCUCGGAGAACGCGGCUACAGAAAUCCGCACGUCAUAUGUCACCAUUGGAGGCAUGACGUGCAGUUCUUGUGUCAACGCCGUGACGGAUGCCCUAAAAAAGGUGGACGGAGUCCGGGCUGUGCAGGUUUCGCUUCUGACCGAGCAGGCCACUGUGACACAUACGUGUGAGGCUAGCAGGCUGUGCGAGGCCGUGGAAGACUGUGGGUUCGAGGCCAACCUGUUGGAAACGAAGAAUGAGCAGGCUAUCAACGACAACGAGUCGCUGACUCUGAAAAUCUACGGAAUGACGUGCUCGAACUGCUCGAACUCGAUCGAAGACGCGGUCAUGAAGCUGGACGGCGUUGUCAGCUGUCAGGUGGCGCUGGCUACCGAGGAAGCACGGAUUGUUUACGACACAAAUCGUACUGGCAUAAGAAAAAUCAUGGAGGUUAUAGAGGACUGCGGAUUUGACGCUAUCUUGAACUCGAACUUGGAUUCCGCAUCGCAACUCGAGCUGCUGCUGAAGGUCAGAGACGUAGCCUACUGGCGACAGACGUUUCUGAAAAUGGUGGCUUUCGGGUUCCCGAUAUUCUUCCGUCACCACAUAUGGCCGCUGAUAGCCAUGAUACUGCACAUCCAUUGGACUCCCAUUGUGCUGUAUCACGGCCUCUUUCUCGAGACUCUGUUUGAGUUUUGUCUCGGCUCAUACAUACAAUUCUGGCUUGCUCGACGGUUCUACAUCAACUCGUACAAAGCCAUCAGGCAUCGCAACGGUACCAUGGACCUUCUAAUAUGUGUUUCCACCACCACUGUCUACGUCUAUUCCACAUGCUCCAUUUUGAACGCCAUUUUCCAUGAUGCUCAAAAGCCCGCUUCCGUCCUGUUCGACACUUCUGCCAUGCUCUUCAUAUUUGUGUCUCUCGGCAAAUGGAUAGAAUCCAAGGCCAAGGGUAACACAUCUACUGCUCUUUCGAAGCUUUUGUCCCUAACACCGUCCAUGUGCACGAUUCUCGAAAACCCUGACGACCUCAACUCGACCCAGAAAGAGAUAAGCACCGACCUGCUCCAGAAAAACGACGUGGUGGUGCUCCAUCCCGGUGGAAAAGUGCCUGCCGACGGCGAGUGUGUCUACGGGUCCUCAGAGGUCGACGAGGCGCUUUUGACGGGAGAAAGCGUUCCUGUGGUCAAAAGAAUCGGCUCCAAGCUGUACGGCGGGUCCAUCAACGUCGCGUCGCCUUUGUACAUGCGUGUCGAGGUGAUUGGCGAGAAAACGCACCUGUCGCAGAUUGUCAAGCUUGUGAGAGACGCCCAGAUCACCAAGGCGCCGGUCCAGAAAUUUGCCGACGUGAUUGCCGGCAAGUUUGUCAUUACAAUCUUGGUCCUAUCGCUGCUCACGUUUACUUUCUGGUGUGUCUACAUUUUCUGCCAGCCUGCCGACAAAGUGCCGGCAUUUUUCGUCGAUAGUGACACUGGGAACAUUGUUUUCUCCAGAAUCUUGCAAAUCGCAAUAUCUGUCGUCGUCGUGGCAUGUCCGUGUGCGCUCGGGCUGGCCGCGCCGACGGCGGUGAUGGUUGGUACCGGCGUUGGGGCCACGAACGGAAUUUUGAUCAAGGGUGCUGACAUACUGGAAAAAGCGAGCGGCAUCAACUGUGUCGUUUUCGACAAGACAGGCACCAUCACGUCGGGCAAGAUGCGCGUGUCGAAUUACCACUUUAUCGGUGACAUGGACGAGAAACUAGUCUGGAGCAUAGUUCAUGCCAUAGAGUACGAUAGCGAGCACCCUGUCGGGAAAGCGCUGGUUUUGGGAGCCACUGCUCGCACCUCGCUGCUUGCCGUCGAGGUCACUAAGGUGCACAACAUUGUGGGUCUUGGCUUGGAGGCCCAGACUAGGCUGGACGGUCAGGACUAUAAUGUUGCCAUAGGAAACGGCCAGCUGAUGAAGGAGAAAAAAAUCGACAACUCGGCCGACUUUCUCGACUGCUGCAAGCGCCUCAACAACCCGCACAUCUCCACGUUCUCGCACAUUCUUGUCAACGACAAGUACAUCGGCUACGUCGAAUUGGCCGACACGCUCAAAUCCGACGCUGCCAGCACCGUUUCUGCGCUCAUCGACCGCGGCUUCACCGUUGCUAUGGUGACGGGAGACAACGUGCAGACUGCACGUGCCGUUGCGCAGGCUGUGGGCAUCCCGCUGAUGAACGUUUUUGCUCAGGCCCAGCCUGACGACAAGCUGCGCGUGGUGGAUCAGAUGCAAAAACACGGCCUCAAGGUUGCAUUUGUCGGCGACGGCAUCAACGAUGCGCCGGCGCUGAUCCAGGCCGACUUGGGCAUGGCUAUUGCCACGGGCACCGACAUAGCCAUUGAGGCUGCAGACGUGGUGCUGCUCUCUUCUGUGCAGCCGGACGACGACGACGACGGCAUCGCGUUGCAGGAGUACGGCCGCAAGGACGGCACCGCAGGCAUUCUCGCCGCCCUGGACAUUUCGCAGCGCACGUUCCGCAGCAUAAAGGUGAACUUUGUCCUGGCCGUGGUGUACAAUCUGAUUAUGCUCCCAAUUGCGAUGGGUCUUUUAAUAAUUCCAUGCGGGCUCACGAUGAACCCGAUGAUUGCAUCGGCGGCGAUGGCAUGUUCUUCUGUGAGCGUCGUUUUCAACUCGCUCCGUCUCAAGAGCUGGAAGAUGCCCGUGCUGGACAACACACGUGUUCCAGAGGAGCGUGUUGACUGGGCCGACGACCAGGUUCUCUCGUCGAUGGACGUUGAAAAAAUGGAUGUCAUCGACAGCACGCGAGCCAGCUGGCGCAGCCGGUUCCUAAACCGGUUUAAAUCCCCAUACGAGAGACUGUUUUAA